CUCAGAGCCGAGAGUCUGUGGACGGAGGCGGCGACAGCGUCAAAAUAAGAGACAACAGCACAAUGUGGGUGCGGAGAAGUUUUGUGCGGGGCAGAAGAAAAAAAAGAAAUACAAAAUGCCGGUGGAGCUUGACGGGGGAGAGGUGGUUGCUCAUGGGCACUGCAGCAGACAGGGCAGCAUGAAGACGUGUGACGGGAGCGAGCAGGAGGAGAGUGUAGUGGAGGCGCUGAGCCUGGAGCAGCGUCGUUAACAGCCUUCGGUUUAUGGCUCUUUCAUUGUGUUUCUACAGUAAGAAGUACAACAUUUCCUUCUGGAAUGUAGAGUACAUGUGUAGUGUUGCAUGGAAAGAAGAUGAAGCUCAAAUUCGAAUUUAAGUCUAGUUUGGAAAUCCAAGCAAAUGCAAUGACAUAGUUCAGUUAAAUAGUAAAUAAUCUCGUUGAAGUUGAACGUCUCAAACCACCACAACUGUAUCAUUAUCUCAUGAGGAUAUUCUCUACUUACCAGUGCUGAUUUUGUAAAACACACUGGCUUCAACUUCAUCAAUUUGAAAUGAAAUGUGCUUGUUCAGUUCAAUUCAAUCCAAUGACUAUCAUACACUAGGUUAUAAAUUGUAAGUUAGACGACAAUGUUAUUUUGACUCGCCAGCAGGUGGAAAUAGAUCACUGUCAGGGACUGGCACAAAAAAAUACCCCAUUAUUUCAUAAUUUCAUAAUUUGAAGACAUGCAUUUUUUGUAAAACUCUGAAACACAUGACGUUUAAAGAUUAUCCUGAGAGAGCAAUUUACCCACAACUUCUGGUCAAAUCAGAAUUAUGUGUUGACAGUUGAAUUGGGUUUAGUGUAAAGUCUGGCGAAGACCGAGCGGAGGAAGUAGAGGAAACUGUGUUUACGCCCUUUCUCAAAAGCUGAUGGUAUAAAGCCAUGUCACUUAAUGUCUUUAUGACCACAGUCUCCUUCGAGAAACAGGUUUUUUCCCCAUAUUUAAUAUCAUUUCUUUCUUCAAAUUCCCUCAUCACUGGGUGAGCCACGCAUGGAAAUCAUGAGAGAGUUUGGCGUCUCCUCCCUGUGGGUGUCCUUCAACCUGCUGCUGCUGCUGCUGCAGACCUCUUCAUGUGACUCGAGUGUUGUGAAUCCCUGUUGUUACUACCCAUGUCAGCAAUCGGGAGUGUGUGUGAGAUUUGGUACAGACGGCUACAAGUGUGACUGCACUCGCACUGGCUUCUAUGGAGAAAACUGCACUGUUCCGGAGUUCUGGACCAGGGUUCGUCUCAUGCUGAAGCCCAGCCCCUCGGUGGUUCACUACAUCCUCACCCACUUACGGUGGUUCUGGGACGUGGUCAACAACUCUUUCCUGCAAGACACCUUCAUGAGAUUAGUGCUGACAGUCAGAAGUGAACUUAUUCCAAGUCCUCCGACCUACAACACCAAAUAUGGAUACCUCAACUGGGAGUCGUACUACAACAUCUCCUACUACACCCGGCUCCUCCCUCCUGUACCCGAAGACUGCCCUCUGCCCAUGGGAACUAAAGGUAAACCGGUCCUCCCUGACCCCAAAGUGUUGACCGAGCGUUUCUUUAAAAGAACCAAAUUUCGGCCAAACCCCCAGGGAACCAAUCUGAUGUUUGCCUUCAUGGCCCAACACUUCACCCACCAGUUUUUCAAGACGGACCAUGAUGUUCAAGUUGGCUUCACCAAGGCUUUAGGACACGGGGUAGAUGCGAGUAAUAUUUAUGGAGACAACCUCAUGCGACAGCUUCAACUCCGGCUUCGUAAAGAUGGAAAGCUAAAAUAUCAGUUAGUUGAUGGUGAGAUGUACCCCCCUGCCGUAUCUGAGGCCCCCGUGCACAUGAUAUACCCUGAGGGUUUCCCUCCACAGCACCAGCUGGCCAUUGGUCAGGAGUUUUAUGGCAUCCUGCCCGGUCUCACCAUGUACGCCACCAUAUGGCUGAGGGAGCACAACAGAGUCUGUGACGUCCUGAAGGCAGAACAUCCCACCUGGGAUGAUGAGCAGCUUUUCCAGACCACCAGACUCAUCAUCAUUGGGGAGAUCAUCAACAUUAUCAUUGAAGAGUACGUGCAGCAGCUGAGCGGUUACCUGCUGAAGCUGAAGUUCGAUCCCUCCCUGCUCUUCAAUGAGCGUUUCCAGUACAGCAACCGUAUCGCCAUGGAGUUCUGCCACCUCUACCACUGGCACCCGCUGAUGCCCGACAGCUUUCUCAUCGACGGAGAUGACAUCCCCUACUCGCAGUUUCUUUACAACACAUCGCUCCUCAUGCAUUACGGGGUGGAGAAACUGGUGGACGCCUUUUCUCGACAGCCUGCGGGACAGAUCGGUGGAGGUCGCAACUCUCACGAAGUUGUACUCAAAGUGGCGGACAUGGUCAUCAAAGAGUCCAGGGCGGCUCGUGUGCAGCCCUUCAAUGAAUACAGGAAGAAGUUUAACCUGAAGCCAUACACCUCUUUUGAUGAGUUUACUGAUGACAUCGAAAUGGCCAGAGGUUUAGAGGAACUCUACGGGGACAUUGACGCCCUGGAGUUUUACACUGGAGUCCUGCUGGAGAAAGUGCGCUCCAAUGGUAUAUUUGGUGAGAGCAUGGUGGAGAUGGGCGCUCCCUUCUCCCUGAAGGGCCUGCUGGGAAACCCCAUCUGCUCCCCCGUGUACUGGAAGCCCAGCACCUUCGGGGGAGAAACGGGCUUCAACAUUGUCAAAACUUCCACUCUGAAGAAACUGGUGUGCCUCAACACCAAGUGGUGUCCGUAUGUGGACUUCCGUGUUCCACGAAGUGAGGAAGAGGCAAAACCAAGGAAACCACUAACUGAACUCUAAUGAAAGUUCACCCGGCGAUCUGUGGCUCGAGCAACCACAGUCAGUUCAUCAUAGGUGUCAUAAUACAGUUGUCAGUCUAAUGUAAAAUUUCUCAUAAGACCAGAGAAAAGGUGAUGUUGAUACUACAACUGAGAGGUUUUGUAAUGUGCCUGCAGUGAAUGAGAUCUAACCUCUGAAAAUAAAGCUGACAAAUCACAUACUCUUGUUGCAGAGUCAUGUCGGAGGCACAUGCAAAAAUAUCACAAAAUGUUUUAUUGUCUCCGUGUUGAUUGAUACAGCCCCUAUUACCCUCCUUUGGUUUAAAAAAAAUAAAAAGGUUUAACAGUCAAGUAGCUUAUAGGAGAGAAUGAAUCAGAGGAACAAAUAUUGCAAUAUUUAUAAAAAAGUAAUGUAUCCGUGGCUGUUUUACUUACGAUGUUACUGUACAACACAUUUCAGUAUUUUUACUUGAACUAACCAGAUACAUAAUAUGAAACAAAGUGAAACUUGUCUUCAAAGUAAAUAAUAAUAAAAUCAUUACUACACACAUA